GAACCAGCGAAUUCUCCUGCCCCUGCUGCAGAGCGCCCUGAUUGGCUGCCCAGGCUGCCUCGCUCUGCCCCUAUAUAAAGGCGGCCCGUUCUGCCGCAGUUCGCAGUUGGCGCAGAGCUGGGCCGGGAGGGCUAGUGGGCAGCGCAGCAGGGACACCGCGAGGCUCCAGUCGCCGCGCUUGGAGGGCAGUUCUGCGUCCUCUGUCCCUUCGGGCGCCACGAUGGACUCCGAGGGCUUUGGUUGGCGUAAGCCGUGGGAGGAUUACCGCGGCGGAGGCGGUGGGGCGUCGCGCUCCGUUCGAGCCAGCUUCUGCUCCCCGGUGCCGCGGCGCUCGGCUCGCCUCUCGGCCUCCGCGCUCGGCCCCUUGACUGACCCCUUGGAACGCCUGGACCUGGCGCAGGUGAGCAACCUGAACGCGGAGCUGCUGGGGCUGCGCGCCCAGGAGAAGGAGCAGCUGGUGGACCUCAACGACCGCUUCGCCACCUACAUCGAGCGGGUGCGGGACCUGGAGCACCGGAACCGGGCGCUGCUGCUGGAGCUGGAGGCGCUGCGGCGGCAGCAGCGGGCCCCGGCGCGGCUGCCUCAGCUCUACCAGCAAGAAGCGCGCGCCCUGCGGACCCUGCUGGACGCCGAGGCCGGCGACAAGGCGCGCCUGGAGGCAGAGCGCGACCGUCUGCGCCUCACCUGCGGCCAGCUCCGCGAGCGCUGCGCCCAGGAGGCGCGCCGGCGCCUGGACGCCGAGGAGACGCUGAGCCGCGUGCGCGAAGAAGCCGCCCGGGCCGCGCUGGCCACCUGUGACGCCGACGGGGCGGCCGGCUCCCUGCGAGCCGAGCUGGCCUUCCUGCAAAAGCUCCUGGACGAGGAGCGGGCCGAGCUGGUGGCCCAAGCCGAGCUGGCCGCGGCCACCCGGGUGGCGGUGGAGGGCGCCCCGGCGGCGGCUGCUGCUCGGCCCGACAUCUCCGCCGCGCUGCGCGACAUCCGCUCCCAGUACGAGAGCCUGGCGGCGAAGAACAUGCAGACGGCGGAGGAGUGGUACCGCUCCAAGUUCGCCUCCGUGGCCGAGCUGGCCAGCCGCAACCAGGAGGCCGUGCACAGCAUCCGCCAGGAGACCGUCGAGUACCGGCGGCUGCUGCAGACCCGCUCGGCGGAGAUCGAGACCUUGCGCGGCGCCAUCGACUCCCUCCACAAGCAGCUGGAGAGCCUGGAGGGCCAGCAGGGAGCCGAGGUGGCUCGCUGCCAGGAGAGAGUGGCAGAACUGGAGCAGGAGAUCUCGGAAGCCAAGGAAGAAAUGGCUCGCUACAUGCGUGAAUACCAGGAGCUGCUGAACGUCAAGAUGGCCCUGGACAUAGAGAUUGCUGCCUACAGGAAACUGCUGGAAGGGGAGGAGAUGUGGUGGACCUCUUCUUCCUCCUUGCCACCCCUGAUGAAGUGACAGGUGGCUCUGUCGGGAGUGAAGGAAUCUCCUCUGAUGACCAUCCUCCUUCUCGUCCUUGCCCCUUGAACCUCCCUGCCUCCCCAUCAAGUUGCUUGCACCCUCAGUGGGUGGGCUGGUGCCCAGCUGGCCUUGGAACUGGGUGUCCCCCAUGGCUCUGGGGAGGGUGGAGGAGCCGGUUCCCCAGGCCAGCCUCACCCCCUGCUCAUCCAGCUCUGCUCUUUUCCAUCUGCCAUGAGAUGCCACUGUGUGUGUGUGUGUGUGUGUGUGACCCUCCUGGUUCAAGAGGC